GUAAAGAAUAGUUUCCUAAAUGCAAUAGGUAAUCAAAUUCAGAUGUGUUGCCUGUUCAUGCAUGUGAAAAGGUCAACAAGAUUGUUCUUCAUUUAAAUAAUCUCUCACCAACUACCUUAUAGCUUCACAUCUCCCAAUUAGAUCGUGCCUGCUCAUUCGUCAGUGCAAUUAUAACAAAAAAUCAAGGGCCCGAAGCCCGCAGUGAAUUUUGAUACCGCUAAUAAAUUUGGAGAAGAGAAGAGAAACUAAUGGUUUUUCAUCUUUCAAGGUGUUGACGAGCAAGAAAGUCGAAAGUCGACGGCAAUUGCUUGGUCACUGGAUAUCAGGAAAACCAAUCUUCUGAAAAGAAGCAAUUCGGUCGAGGGGAGAGAAUGACGAAGAGGAAGACUGCCGACGAACCACAGCCUCUGAAUCCGUCGUCUUCAAAGCGUCCCCGGUUCGAUUUCGACGUGUUCCUGAGCUUCAGGGGGGAGGACACUCGGAAGGGCUUCUCCGGCCACCUCUACGAAGCACUGAAGCAGCGAGGCGUAAAUGUCUUCAUAGACAGUCAGGGCUUGGAUAAGGGCAAAAAGGUGGAGGAGCUGUUCAGAUUCAUUCAAGGCUCUGAGAUCUUCAUACCCAUCUUCUCCAAGGGCUACGCUGAAUCAAAAUGGUGUCUGGUGGAGAUCGCCAAGAUCGUGGCGUGCGGGAGGUUGGUGCUCCCCAUCUUCUACGACGUGGAGCCUCGGGAGGUGAGGAAUGUCAAGGGUCCAUUCGAAGCUGCGUUCAGGAAGCACGAUGAGGAUGAAGAGUUGAAGGCGAAGACGAAGGAAUGGAGGCAAGCCCUGAGGAGAGCAGGGGAGGUUUCUGGAUACGAUCUGAAGACAGAGACCCAGGGGCAUGAGGCAAAGCUUAUUCAAGUUGUUGUCAAGAGGGUUCUUAGUGAAGUAAACAAGAUCCCACUUGAUGUCGCAGCACAUCCUGUGGGAAUGCAGCCUCGUGUAAAGGCCGUGAUGAAGCUGUUGGAUAUUGAAGCAGAUGAUGUUCGCAUUAUUGGUAUCUGCGGAGAAGGAGGGAUAGGAAAGACAACAAUUGCCAAGGCCGUGUACAAUGAGAUAUUUCUUACUUUUGAUGGAAGCAGUUUCGUUUCAGACAUUGCAGAAAUUUCCCCAAGUCCCAGUGGGCUUGUUACGUUGCAGACCCAGCUCAUUAGAGACCUUUUGAAAACCGAUGAUAUCGCUAUAAGCAGCACUGCACAUGGAAUUAACAUGAUCAGCAGGAGAAUUUCUCGUAAGAAAGUUCUGCUCAUUCUUGACAAUGUCAAUCAUUUAAAUCAACUCAAUGUAUUAGCAGCUAGGCGAGACUGGUUUGGUCCAGGAAGCAGGAUAAUUGUCACAACCAGAGAGGAAGAAGUGCUACUUCAGCACCAAGUGACGAACAGUGAAAUUUACAAACCAAAAACAUUAAGUGCAGUACAAUCACUUCAGUUGUUCAAUUAUCACGCCUUUAUGGGAGACAAACGAGCAAAGGAAUAUGAAAAACUAUCUAAGAAAGUUGUGUUAACAAUGACUACCUUUAACCCUACAAAUUUUUGGGUCCCAUUUUUUUGAUAUUAGAGAUCAUGAAGACUGGGCAGAGAUGCUUGGAAAGCUGCAAGAGUUUCAAGACAAAGAUAUAUUCGGCAGAUUGAAAAUAAGUUAUGAUAAGCUGGAUGAUGCAGAAAAGAGUAUACUGCUAGAUAUUGCUUGCUUUUUCGUGGGAAAGGGCAGAGAAAAUGCCUUUCAUAUGUGGAAGGACAGCAGACUUUACCCUGUUGCAACAAUUAGAACUCUUAUACACAAGUCUCUUAUUAAGAUCAGCAGUUUAACAGAUGAGUUUGAAAUGCAUGACCAAAUUCAAGAUAUGGCCAGAGAGAUUGUGUUACAAGAAGGACGUUCAGAUCCUGGAAAGCGUAGCAGGUUGUGGGAUCCUGAUGAGAUACUGGAUGUGUUAAAGAAUGCCGAGGGAUCAAGGAAGAUUGAAGGCAUUGUUUUCAACUCUAAAGAGGGAAGCAACACGCAUGUCAGCACCAAGGCCUUUAAGAAAAUGUUAAAUCUCAGAUUGCUUCAUGUCAAUAACACUCACAUACAGGGUAAAUUUGAUUGUUUCCCUAAGAAACUAAAAUGGCUGGAAUGGAGAGGAUGUCCAUUGAAGUCAUUAUCAGAAGACUUUGGCCUUGAAAAAAUAGUUGUCCUCAACUUAUCUUCAAGCAUGAUCACUAAAGAUUGGAAUAUGAGAGGGAUGAUAGAUGUUGUUCUGAAUAACAUCAGAUAUAUAUGGAGAAAACAACCACAACCAAGAGGGAAGACAUAUAGCAGAAUGAAGGUUCUUGAUCUCAGUAAUUGUAUUCACCUUGUGGCUACUCCAAGUUUUUCCUGUUUGCCAGAACUAGUGAAGUUGGUACUUGAUGGUUGUGUUAGGCAGGCUAAAAUUGAUAAAUCUAUCGGUCAUCUGAAAAGCUUGGGUAUCUUAACCAUGGGGCGCUGUAUCAGAUUAAAGGAACUACCAUAUGAAAUUUGUAAAUUAAGCUGUCUUAAAAAGCUUAACCUUUAUGACUGCAAGAGACUUUCUAUUUUACCAGAGAAACUUGGAGGCAUGGAAUCAUUGACUGAGCUCAUUCUUGACUCAACGAGCAUAAAAAAAUUACCCGAAUCAAUUGGAAGGCUUGAAUCUUUAAAGGAGCUUUUGAUAAAGGGAACCAGAAUAGAAGGGAUACCAGAGACCAUCCAACAUUUGGCAAAUCUUGAAUUGCUAGAUGUUUCAUAUUGCAGGUCACUCUCUGAAUUGCCCUACUCGAUUGGUGAGGCAAAGAGUUUGAGGCAGCUAAGGUUAGACGAAACUCCAAUCCAGGAACUGCCAAAGUCCAUUGGUGAUUGUGACCAACUCGAGUAAUUGUCUAUACGAGAUUGUGAAAAUAUCAAUGCUUUGCCUGACUCUGCAAGGAAAUUGACAGGCCUAGUUCAUGUAGACCUGACAGGAACUGAUCUCAAAGAAGUUCCUAUAGAUUUUGAAAUUUCUACAAGGUUGAAAUCCUUAUCAGUAAGUGGACUCACCAUGCUUUCUUCAUCAUUCUUUCAUAUAACCUGCUGUCGGCUAGUAAGUGCACAUGGCUUGAGGAUGCACUCUAUGAUUUUGGAGAGCCAUCAUUGCUGAAAACCUUGAAUUUAGAUCAUGGAAAUUUCUGCAAGCUACCAUCAAAUAUCUGAAACCAUUCCCAGCUAUGGCAUCUUUCGUUAGUGCAUUGCCACCAGCUAGAGUCCAUUCCUACACUCCCCUCCUCUCUUGUGGAGCUUUAUGUCUACAACUCUGAUGCUUUGCAAGGUAUUUAGAUGUUUCAAACUUGAAAAAAUUGGAAGAACUGGACCUCACUUCUUGCCUGUGCCUUGUCGAUGUUCCUGGUCUUGAAACAUUGAAGUCCUUGAAACAACUAAAUAUGGAUGGCUGCAGGGACCUUUGUGAUGCUCUGAAGAACAAACUCAUGGAGGCAACCUUUGAAAGUUUGGAAUCCUUUAGCAUUUCUGGGAGUUUGAUUCUUGGUGGACCCGCAAGCAUGAGAGGCCAACUACUGAAAUUUAUAUUCCCCAAAAGCUUCACAAGGAAACAUGUGGUGGUCGUAAAGGAACUGCUCUUAGAAAGUGACUUCAACAACGUAUGGAAGCAACCCGUGACAAUUGAAGUCAUGGAUGCUGAUGAUAGUCUAGUUUAUGGGACUCAACGUAAUGCUGAAGAAGAAGUAUCAGACUGGUGUAAUAUCACAUUUGAAGAAGAUGAUGAGAUACAAAGGUACUUGAAGGGUGGGCUAAAUGUGAUUUAUGUAUCAAUGCAGAGUUUGCAAUUGACUGGCGGUGACAUCUUUCUCCAAUAUCCUGCUGAUUUUGAUGAAUUUGAUGAGGAAGAUGAUGCUUCAGAUGUAGAUAUAGAGUCAGAUUCUCUUAUUUGGAACCAUGUGAAGUCAUCACUAAUGUCAAUUGCAACACGCUCCUCUCAGCAACAGUCUUCUCAGGCUCAUCACCAGCAGUAACCAAGCUUAAAAGAACGGGUGCAGGCUUCUAUGACUAUAUGACACUGAAACUAGCAGCGGAACAAUAAUCUUCCAUUGAUCUUGGGAGAACUGCACUUCUUCCAAAUGUUGUAUCACUAAAUCAGCAAACUCUAACUUGCAUAUUAUAAAUGGAUCAGUAGAAGUCCCCAAGUAACACGGAUACACUUCAGCAAUUUGGGUUGAGCAGAAGCAAAUCAAAAGAGUCCAAAGGCCAGUAUGUGCAAUUUGAAGGGGACGGUCACUAGCCAGCUGGUUUCAUCUCGCUCCCUUCCUUUCUUGGCUCAGCUGGUACUAUUUCUUUCCCAAGCGGAUCAGAUUCAAAAGCUUGAUCAAGCAUUGCCUCCCAAAAUUUGUGUACAAACUACUAUUAUCUGCUACUUACAGCCAGUAACUUGCACUGCCACCGUCAUGAAGACAUCAAUUGGUUCAACUUCAAUCGCACCAUGCAUUGUUGCUCCAAGAAUCUGAGCAACAUGGCUCUCCUUCCACACGUCUCAGAUUUUCUCCUCCUUGCUGCCACUCUCUUCUUCCAACGGUUUUUCGGGCUCCUGAAGUUGUUUACGGAGAGGUCGAGAGCAGCAGUACUGCACCAGAACCUCCGGAUCCUGCAAGGCACCUCCCCAUCAUCGGGUACUUGCAUCUGCUGACAUUAUGCAAAUCGCCUGCGCUCCGUGGGCUAUAUUGGAACUUGCUGUAAAUGCAGCCCUACCACGAUGCUGCAAUUGGGUGUUCACUGGGUGCUGGUGUCAGCAACUGGGAGAUGGUGAAGUGGUGCUUCAAAUCGGCGAUCUUGCCUUCUUGAAGCCCCAUAGUCCAUAAUGACAUGAACAUAAUAGGAGAUCCAUUUACCAUGUGAAAAUGCAAAAUGAUGGGAGAGUUCAUGAAUUGGCAAGCGUAAUUCACAAAAUAUGAUAAAUCAUGGUUAAUAUAGAUAGGAUCUUGAA